AUGGACAACUUCCGCAUCUACAACCAGGCAACCGCCGCCUUGCUCGCCCUCGAAGCUGCGCCCCUCCUUCUCAGCCCUAGUAUGGCUGCUUGGAUGGCUUCGUCUGAGCCCAAGACCGUCUCAGCUUUCGAGACUCUGGUCGCACGUGAAUUGGGGUUCGCCCUGCUCUUGUGCGCCUUCCUCGCACUGCUCUUCUCGGGCGAGUUGCACCGCCUAUGGGAUGACGCCGAAAACGUGCCCAGUGCUUCUGCCACCCCUGCAUCUCCUUACUCGUCGGCCACUACCAUCGCAACCCUCCUGUACCACCUCGCAACUGGCAUUCUGAUGUACAUCUCUGGCACAUCUGCACAACUCUCUGGAGUCCUGAUUGCAGGCGCUUUGGCACACAUGGCACUGGGCGUCGCAGGACUUUUGGUUCUGACCUUCGCAAACGAUGGGAAAAUCAGCAAGCGCACAGGCGCCGACAAGAGAACUUCGGGUUUCCUCUUCAAGAACAACGCUCAUGUCCAAAAGCACUCAUGA